CCAUCUCCAGCUCAACUUUCCACUUACUGACCCAUAUCUCCUGCGGUGUGUGUGGCCAUAGACUUCGGCCUCAUCGCCCUCAGAUAACGAUAUUGCAUCAUGGAUUAUCCGCCAAUGGAUAUUGAGCCCACCGGGCCCCAAGUGACCGUCCGAGAGGCCGAGCCCUACCGUGUGGACUUCAAGCUCACCUCCGUCGACCUUGCCUUCGCCAACUCCCUCCGCCGCACCAUGCUCGCCGAGAUCCCCACCAUGGCGAUCGACCUGGUGGAAGUCGAGAAAAACACUUCGGUCCUCCCCGACGAGUUUCUGGCUCACCGUCUCGGUCUGAUUCCCCUCAACUCCAAGAACUGCGACCAGGAUGUUGAAUACACCCGCGACUGCGAAUGCGAUGACCGCUGCGCCCGCUGCAGCGUGACGCUCACCCUCCACGCGCGCUGCACGGGCGACGAUAUCAUGCGGGUCUACGCGCGGGAUUUGGCCGUCAGCGGCGAGCGGGCCAACGAAUGGGUGGGAAACCCGGUGAUCACGGACCCUGAGGGUAAAGGGCCCUUGAUUUGCAAGCUACGGAGGGGUCAGGAGCUGAAGAUGACGUGCAUCGCGAAGAAGGGAAUCGCCAAGGAACACGCAAAGUGGGCGCCGACAGCUGCGGUGGGCUUCGAGUACGAUCCGCACAACAACCUGCGGCACGUGGAUUAUUGGUAUGAGGAGGAUGCGGCGAAGGAAUGGCCUAUUUCAGCAAAUUCAGCAUGGGAGCACGCCAACCCUCCCGAUCAACCCUUUGACUACGAUGCUCAGCCGAACAAUUUCUACAUCGAUGUUGAGAGUAUCGGUAUGAUUGAUCCGGACAUGAUCAUUCAGCAGAGUAUCAUUGUGCUGCAGCGCAAAUUAGCCUCGGUCAUCUCGUCGUUGUCUGGCUCGGGUGACGGUGGCGCGGACCGCAACGGAUUGAUGGGUGACGAUGAUGAUAUGAUGCGCAGUCCGGAUGCCUACGAGCCGCCAGAGGGCAUCGAUGGCGGCUUUACGGCCUAUGCCAGUGGCGGAGCUAGUGCUUGGGGUGCCAGUGCUGCUACGCCGUACGGUGUCACGCCUUAUGGCGGUGGCUAUGGGUUCUAGGCGAGAGGAUGUCUGUCGAGACGGAGGCCGCGUAUUUCUCGGCUGCCGAUCUGAAUCCAGCCACCAAGUUCUUAUCUCAUUUUCACUUCACCAACUUGUUUUCUGACACUACUACCAGCAUGCGGACGGAGUUUUACGAUGGUUUCUUUUUUUUUUUCGCUCAUCUUCGGGAGAUGCACUUUCUUGCCUUCCAUCUAUUGCCUCCUUGUUUUCUACUUGCUGUUCUGAAAAGAAGUUACUAUGGUCAGGGCGUGCGACAGGGGUGUUUUGCUUUGAUUUGCUCUUGACUGUUUACGGCUCUGCCUCUAUCUCACAUACAUAGCUACUACCCGAACAAACAUACAUACAUAUUCCACCGAAUAAAAAUCCAU